CGAAAGGCAUCUGGUCCCACCCCUCAUUUCACUGAUGAGGAAGCCAAACCCUAGAGGGGAAGUGACUCCCCAGAGCAGGUUGGUCACUGAGCUGGAGGACAAAUGACAUCUUACGGCUCGCUCAGCUGACAGGACCAACAACAGGUAACCGUCCCCGGGGCCGCUUGGACAAACUGAGGCACAGCGCCACGGACUGACCUCGCUCUCAGGGACAGCAGGUGACUCUCCCCAGUUCUGUUCCUUGUCUUGGGGCACAUUUGGAGCUUCUGGAUGUCGGCAAGUGUCUUGGCUGUUUCAACGAGAAGGCCUGUUUUUUAAAAAACCAUGAAAGACAAAGUUCAUCACGUGCAGGAAGCAUCCUUCUGGUCCUUCGUGUAAAUGACAGUUGUGGGAAAAGUACCCACCAAUACGAGCAGAGGGCUUUGCGUUUCUGCUUCAGUGAUGGAACAGAUCACCUCACCCUGAAACGGUGUCACCUUCCGGAAAUCUGACUGGGCCCUCCCAGCAACAGCUCUGCUCUUUCGUGCUGCGACUGUCAAACUUUGAUAUUUGGGGAAGAACAUGAGCCAGUCCGACAAAAAUGGGAACUGCUCCUCUCAGGACGUGGACCGGCUGAUGCAAAUCGUGCAGGUGGUGGUCCACGUCCCCACCUUCCUCCUGGGCCUCGUCCUCAAUCUGCUGGCCAUCCGGGGCUUCUGCGCCCUCCUGAAGAAGAGGUUGCUGGAAUAUGUUGCCACUUGCACCUACAUGAUCAACCUGGCGGCCUUUGACCUGCUGAUGGUGCUCUCCCUCCUGUUCAAGAUUGUCCUGUUCUACGUGACGCCCCCCUUUCCAUCCCUGUGCAGCUUGGUGGAGGGCCUCCACUUCAUCAGCAUGUACGGCGGCAUCUUAACAGUCUGCUUCAUCAGCCUGGAUAGAUACUUGGCCAUCCAGUACCCGUUCCUGGCCAGCCACUGCCGGUCCCCCAGGAAGACCUUCGGGAUCUGCUGCGCCAUCUGGGUCCUGGUGUGGGCCGGGAGCAUCCCCUUCUACAACUUCAGCUGGGAAGAAGGAAGGUACACGUGCUUCAACAAUAUGUCCAGUAAGGUCUGGAGUGCCAACAUUGUCUUCCCCGUCGAGGUGUUUGGCUUCCUUCUUCCCAUGGGCAUCAUGGGCUUCUGCUCCUACAAGAACAUUCACAUUCUGGUCAGCCGUCGGGACACCAACCCGGACCUGACCCGGAAGAAGAAGGCCUGCAUCUGGACUAUCGCAUCCAGUCUGGCUGUUUUCGUGGUCUCCUUUCUCCCAGUACACAUAGGUUUCUUCCUGCAGUUCCUGGUAAGAAAUGAGUUUAUUUUGGAGUGCAGAGUUCGGCAGAACAUCACCUUCUUCGUGAAAUUGUCCAUGUGUCUCUCCAACGUCAACUGCUGCCUGGAUGUUUUCUGCUAUUACUUUGCCAUCAAAGAAUUCCGCAUGGGCAUCAGGUCCCGGCAGAACUCCAGAGACCAGCUGGAGCUGGACUUCUUGCAGACCAGGACUACUGUGGCUGGGGAGAGAAAGCCGUCCGCAGAGAAAGGAAACUGCAGCCUUGUACCCUAGUGGCAGACAUCCUGUUCCAGGACCUUGCUGGGGUGGGAGGACGCGUGGUGCAUGACUGGUGUGCUUUCCCUUCACACGCUCAGUGAACGCUGUGUCCGCUCGUUAUGCCCCCAGAGACCUCCCCGCACACCUAGACAGCUCAACGUAAAUCACGCAGUGUUUGGAGAUUUCUGAUGAACCUGAGAACCAGGUGAAUUCUUGACCGCUAAGCCCAAAAAGUAUGAGGCAGAAAAAUGAGAAAGAAAAUGAGACCAUCUGAACAAGGCCACCUCUCCUCUAUCUCCUGCUAGGCUGGAAGUUUCUGGAAAGGAAAGGGGAGAGGAGUUGAGCGAGAGAAUCAAGGUCAGUCAUGGUGGCAGGGGCCCUGGGUUGAGACGCAGUGGGAGGCGAAAGGGUGAAGCCGGAGCCAUUGGCUAUGGUGGCACCAUUUGCUGAGCAGGCCUGUGACCUUGUUAGACAGGACUGCCGCCGGUUUGCUCUUCUGAGUGCGUCCCCAGGACUGGACACGACUGGAAAGCGAGAACAGAGCGUGACUAACCGCUCCCUGCAGCCAUGGGCAGCAGAUAACACUGGAACAAACAGCAGCCUCCGGUUCCGACCAGCAGCCCAGGGGCCACACAGCAGCACCCCCACCCUUUGUAAUCUAAUUAUAAUCCAGUACGAGCUCAGAGCCCCACCCCCUCAACAGCGGUGCAUCUCUCCACUCCAUGCCCCUCUCCUUUCUUGGAGAGUGAAAACAAGCUUUCUUCUCUGCGCUUUCUUCUCCUUGUGAAUUCUCUCCCAGCCCGCAUCACCAACCCACCCCAUAACAGUAGGGACGCAUCAAGCUCCUUUUUAGUUUGCAGGGCGGAGCAGACUUGCAUUUUCCAGUCCCUUCUGGGGCUCUGUUGGCCAACGACCUUGCAGAGAUGACAGCAAGUGGUGGGGGUGGGGUGAUCAUGGUUUGAGCAAAUACACACAGAGAACCCCAAGUUUCUUACAGGCUUUUGAAAGGCUGGGGAGACCCAUGAGAAGGUUGUGGAAGGGAGAACGGGGCUGGUGUGGUGCAGCUGCAGAUACUUUGUGGAAGCGGUGGGGACAGAGUGGGUAGCUGUUGGUGACGCUGAGAGCCAGGAGGGUAUAGAACAUACUGGGGAGGGGAGGACACGGGCCAAGGGCAGCUCCUGCCCCAUUGCCACGGGGCGGCGCACUGCCUGGAGCUUUGGCACUGGCCUGGGAGAGGAGAGGCAGGGUGACCAGCCUUGGGGGAAAGGACCUUCCCAGACCCGACCAGCUUGCUCUCUUGAACAGGCUCAUUAGACUUAGUUCCCCUGAGAACGAUGGGAAAGAAUCAGGCUGGAUUUGGUUCGGCCAGAGGAGAAGAAGGAACAGAUGUUCAUCUUGCCCGCCUGAGUCCUGGCUGGGCAGCUGGUCACAGUGGCGCUGUCCGGGGAGCUGUCCUCUCCAGUGGCCGGGGACGGGGAGAAAACGAGUCAGCCAGGAAUGGAGGACCCACCUUGCGGGCACCAGGCUCUUGGCAGUUUCUAGCUGGAAGCUGGAAACCAUUGAAGCUCGGCUUGGCUGGGGCUCCUGUGGUGAUCAGAAGGAGCAGCAGUGACAGCUGGGAGCCUUCGGUGACUCAGCAGCCCCAGAGAGAGAGAGACGGUGACACGGGUUCAUGAAACGGCGGGGCGGUUUUGCAGGACAGAGUGAGAUGAGGAGUGACAAAGGGAGACAAAGGGAAGGUUUUCCCGGAAGAAGAGCAACAGCCUCCUACCUGGGGCACGGGAGGGAGGGGUGGCCGUGCGGGAGGAAGGGGCAGUUUAGAGAAAACCCUGAUGGGAGGAAGAGGGGAGGCCGGGCGACUGACUGCCCAAGCCUCCAUGACGAUGACAUGGAGUUCUGUGAGGAAGUGGGGCGGGCAGGAGGGGUCGAGGGCCCAGCCGCUUCCCACCUGAGACUCCCCAACUUCACUGAGAGCCUGGAAGGGCGGGAGCCCUUCCGCUGCCCCCCUGCAGCUGACUCAGUGGUGGGGGGGCGCUCCGUGGGGCAGGAGGGAGGGGUGAGGAAGGAAGCAUCAGUGCCAGGGUGUCCAUAGGGGGGCAGGACUGAUCCUGCCCAGGACCAGGGGCUCCUGCCCCUUAAACCGGACCUCCGGGGGCCAGCAGCCAGAGCCAGGGGCUCUACAGAGCUAGAAGUUUCCCCAAGCCCUGGGCACUGCCCUCCCGGCUGGAGGCCGCACCGUCCGUGGCCGUCCUGGACAGAGGCGCACCUGUGCUACUCUGAGGAAGCCGGGCUGUGGUGCCCGGCAGGGCACGUGGGGCUGGGCUGGGCUCAGAGCCCAGGGCCGGGUGGAAUUGGGGACCACCCCACCCCCAAUGUCUCCUUUUGCAUUGGGAACUGGGAGCUCACCAACGGGUGCCCCCCAUGCUGCAGCUUGUACCCACCAGUGUGCUUGGGGCCGGACAGUCCUCCUAAGAGAAAGGGACACAGGCCCUGAACAGCCACCAUCCCCAGUGUUGUCUGUACCCAUAAAAUCUUGGGCUGUGGGGGCAGCAUGGCCCUGCCUGAGCCAGGUGACAGGAAAGAUGGGAGGGGAAUCUUGAGUCAAGAGUUGUGUACCUAUGCAGAGAGAAGGCGAGAGAGAGAGAGCUGUGUAACUGUAAGGUCUAGGCCCUGGGAGCGUCUAGCAGCCUUGAGUUGACGUGACAUCUGUGGACUAGUGGGGGGCACCUGGGGACCCCUUGACCGAUCCUCAUACACGGAGGGGAGGAGACGGGCUUCUUCUGUCUCCUCAUGGGGACUCACCCUGGCCUGAAAGUCACAGAGGACCCAUCAGGGCCCAGCUCUGUGUCAGCACUUGGACCCUGUGGGCAACGGAGAGGCAGAGGGUCAGGGUCAUGGUCAGGGUCAGGGUUAGGCUACGGAUGUAUCCGAGAGCCUGAUCCCACAGCAAGUGGCAGCCAGUGACUUGGAAAACCUUGAACUCAGUUUUGGAAAAGGCUUAAGUUCCUGCUCCCAAAGCUGGUGGAACCUGGAGAUGUUUGGCCAUAAGCGUGACCUUAUUUGUACUCCUAGAAAACCUAAGCCAUACUUCUUGCUUGUAUAUGUGUGAAAUUAGCACAAUUAAUUGGAAAAAACCACUUGAUUCAUCUGAUUUGCCAAGUAAAUAGAUUCCUGUGA